CAAAUUUUCUACACGAGCAUGACUUUUCAAUAUUCCUUUUCAAGACUUAUAAACCCACUCAAAACACGUCAUUUGGUAAGCAUCUGAUCGAUUUUAUCAGUCAUGAGCCACUAUGAUAAGCAGCAAGCUCCUGGGGCAUAUCCCCCACCUAUGACUGCAUAUCCGCCGAGCUAUGGAUAUCCACAGGCAGUAGUAGAUAAGGGCAACCUUCAAGUUCCUAAUUAUUAUGUUUCACCACCUCCACCAAUUGGUUACCCAACCAGGGUUACUGACCCUGCACCAGGGUAUCCCCAAGACAUGCCUCCCUUUGAAACUACAACUAAGGGUGGAGGAUUUUGGAAAGGAUGUGCUGAAGAUAUCUUUUGCUGUUGCUGUUGCGAGGCCUCGAAUCCCAGCCAACAAACCUAAUUAUCCUCCAUCCAAUGGGCUGUGACCCGUCCUGUGUAAUCUAAAAUCUUCGAAUGGUCUACACAAUUUGAUAGAGUAUUCGUACUUUAUUACCUCACUUCUGUUAUGUUGUAAUAAUCACUAUAUAUAUUGUAUUGCCACGAAGCCUACAAAAUUAAUCGUUCUAUAUCAAA